CAGAGCAGACGUAAAAUAUGUGUGCGUGAACUGUUGUAGCACGGCACGAGAGGAGAGGAGGACGCCGACUGUGGAUAUUGGGGCUGAUAACAUGUGUGUUCACUGACACGCGUGGAUUAAUAAAUGCGUGGAGUUUGUGUAAUUUGACCGCCAACAAACGCCAUGUUUCGGCAAACGAAGGCGGCGCUCCAGAAACUUCGAUAUCUGAGUUUCAAUGGACGGCAUCACACAUGUAGGCUGAAGAGCACUUCAGCGGAGAAGGCUCUUCUCUACCAACCAGGACAGAAAAUAUCUGGCUUCACAGUCAAGCAGGUUGUAGCUGUUCCCGACCUGUUCCUCACUGCAGUGAAGCUGAGUCAUGACAAAACCGGGGCUCAGUACUUGCAUGCAGCCCGAGAUGACACCAACAACCUCUUCAGUGUCCAGUUCAGGACGACCCCCAUGGAUAGCACCGGGGUUCCCCACAUCCUGGAGCACACGGUGUUGUGUGGAUCUGAGAAGUAUCCCUGCAGAGACCCGUUCUUCAAGAUGCUCAACAGGUCUCUGUCCACCUUCAUGAACGCCUUCACAGCCAGCGACUUCACCAUGUAUCCAUUCUCAACACAGAAUGGAAAAGACUUCCAGAAUCUUCUGUCAGUUUACCUGGACGCAGUGUUCUUCCCUUGUUUAAGAGAGCAGGAUUUCAGGCAGGAGGGCUGGAGACUGGAGAACGAAGACCCCACGGACGCCAACUCCCCGCUGGUGUUUAAAGGAGUGGUGUUCAACGAAAUGAAGGGGGUUUUUUCAGACAACGAGCGCCUGUACGCCCAGCACCUUCAGAACAAACUGUAUCCAGACCACACCUACUCUGUGGUGUCAGGAGGAGAACCUCUGGCCAUCCCCGACCUCACCUGGGAGCAACUCAAAGAGUUCCACGCCACACAUUACCACCCCAGCAAUGCUAGGUUCUUCACCUACGGAGAUUUGCCUCUGGAGCAGCAUCUGAAGCAGAUUGAAGAGGAAGCUCUCUCCAAGUUUGAGCGUAUCAGCCCGAACACAGACGUUCCACCUCAGCCUCACUGGAGCAGCCCAAGAGAGGAUCACAUGACCUGCGGCCCCGACACUCUGGCGCCAGAUCCUGUCAGACAGAACACACUGUGUGUGAGCUACCUGCUGGGAGACAUCACUGACACGUUUGAGGGAUUCACACUCAGUCUGCUGUCUUCUCUGAUGAUCUCUGGACCAAACUCUCCCUUCUACAAAAGUCUCAUCGAGCCCAAGAUCGGAACUGACUUCUCCUCUGUCGUCGGAUAUGACGGCAGCACCAGAGAGGCGUCGUUCAGCAUCGGCCUGCAGGGCAUAGCUGAGGAGGACACGGAGAGGGUAAAACUAAUCAUCAGCCAAACCAUGGAGGACAUUAUUGAGAACGGCUUUGCGGAGGAAAGAAUCGAGGCACUCCUCCACAAGAUCGAGAUCCAAAUGAAACACCAGUCCACCAACUUUGGUCUGUCCUUGGCUUCGUACAUUGCGUCAUCGUGGAACCAUGACGGUGACCCGGUUCAGCUGCUGCAGAUCAGCGACAGCGUGGCCAAGUUCAGAAAGGCCCUGGAGGAGAACCCUCGCUUCCUCCAGGACAAAGUCAAGCAGUACUUUAAGGAGAACACACACAGACUGACCCUGUCCAUGAGCCCAGAUGACGCCUAUCUGGAAAAGCAGGCUAAAGCCGAGGAGGAGAAACUGCAGAAAAUGGUCCAGACUCUGUCUGACUUCAACAGGACAGAGAUUUAUGAGAAAGGUCUGGAACUGCUGGGAGCUCAGAGUCAAACCCAGGAUGCCUCCAGUCUGCCGGCGCUCAAAGUGAGCGACAUCGAGCCGACAAUGCCCGUCACUCCUGUCCACAUCAGCUCCAUAGGCGGUGUCCCCGUGCAGUACUGCGAGCAGCCCACCAACGGCUUGGUGUACUUCAGAGCCAUGUGUAGCCUCAACACGCUGCCAGAGCAUCUGAGGAUUUACGUCCCGCUCUUCUGUAAUGUCAUUACCAGAAUGGGCUGUGGUGAUCUGGACUACAGGCAGCAGGCGCAGCAGAUGGAGAUGAGGACAGGCGGCAUGUCCGUCUCUACCCAGGUCAUCCCCGACUCCACGGAGCUGGACGUGUACGAGCAAGGAGUUCUCCUGUCCUCCUCCUGCCUUGAGAGGAACCUCCCUCACAUGUUUCAUCUGUGGAGUGACAUUUUCAAUAGCCCUCACUUUGACAACGACGAGCGUCUCAGAGUCCUGGUGAUGAGGUCGGCGCAGGAACUGGCCAACGGGAUCUCAUACUCGGGUCACAUGUACGCCAUGACCCGUGCGGGCCGUCACCUGACCCCUGCUGGAGACCUGCAGGAAACUGUUGGGGGAAUGGAGCAGGUGAAGUUCAUGAAGAGAAUAGCCGAGAUUUCCGACAUUGGCCACGUGAUCAGGACAUUACCCAGGAUCAAAAGGCACCUUUUCAACCCGGAUAUCAUGAGAUGUGCGGUCAAUGCAACGCCACAGAAACUGAGUGAUGCGGCCGCACAAGUGGAGAAUUUCAUCGACAACGUCAGCGUCAACAGGAAAGAACGCAAACUCUCACGACCAAAUAUCGUAGAGAGACCGUUAGACCCUCUGGACAAGUCUGGACCGAGGAAGAAACUGAUCGCUGAGCUGAAUUUCCAGCCGUGUCAGAUGAAAACCUUCUAUGAGAUGCCUUUUCCCGUCAAUUUUGUCAGCGAGAGCAUACGAACGGUGCCAUUCUGCCAUGAAGAUUACGCCAGUUUGUGUAUCUUAGCGAGGAUGAUGACAGCCAAGUUCCUCCACGGAGAGAUCCGAGAGAAGGGUGGAGCCUACGGAGGCGGGGCCAAGAUGGGGGGAGGCGGUCUCUUCACCUUUUACUCAUACAGGGAUCCAAACUCAGCGCAGACGUUAUCUGCAUUUCGUAAAGGUGUCGACUGGGCAAAGUCGGGACAGUUCAGCCAACAGGACAUCGACGAAGCCAAACUGUCGGUUUUCUCGGCCGUCGACGCACCAGAGGCUCCGGCCGACAAGGGAAUGAGUCAUUUCCUCAGUGGAAUCACAGACGACAUGAAACAGAAUCACAGACAAAGACUUUUUGACGUCACGCACAAAAACCUGUCGGAUGUGGCUGUGAGGUACUUAUACACCGGACAGAGGACGCACGGCGUCGCCAUCCUCGGACCAGAGAACAACGCGAUUAAGAAAGAUCCGACAUGGAUCAUAAAGUAACCUGAUUGCUAGGUUUUUAUAUCAUUAAAAAAACUGAAAGUCCAGUUGUUAUGACGGCGAUAAUAUUGUGCUAUGUGCAGAGAAACUGAAAGUACUGUAGAUCUACUUGUUUGGAUUUAUUUAAAAAAACACAUGAUCAUGUU